AUGGAAACAAAGAAAGUCAGCAGGUACAAAGGUAUAAAAUUGCUCCAAGACAAUGCUCGACCCCAUAUUCAUUCCGAUGUUAUUAAUUAUUUAACAGAAGAAGGUAUCAUUAUAAUGUCGCAUCCACCAUAUUCACCUGAUCUUGCACCAUGUGAUUAUUGGCUAAAUGAUUACAUCAAACGUAAUUUAACUGAUCAACCAGAUGAAAAAUCAUUGGCUCGUGGUGUAUCCAAGGUGAUGAAAAAAAAUUCCGAAAGAAGAAUUUAA